UUUUAAGUGACAUCAACAAAAUUAACAACGCUAUUGCUGAUCAGGUUGCAAUCUUCAUUGAGAGGAUUUCUACAUUUGUCUUUGGAUUUUUAAUCGGCUUUCUUGGAAACUGGAAAUUAACCCUUGUCAUUGUUGCAGUCAGCCCUCUUAUUGGUUUAGGAGCAGGAUUAAUGGCACUGGUAAUUAUUACUACCCAUUUUUAAUAUUUAACUACUUAACUUGAUGGUAGUCAUGUAUGUUGCAUACAUCAAACCUACUACUUAACUACAGCCUGUCUUUAGAUCAGUAGUGUCAUCUGUAAUCCGUACCUAUAUGAUAUUACGCAAGGUAAACUCUAUUUCACCUGACCCUUGCCUAUAAUAACUUAUUUUAUGAUUAAACUCUGCAUGCCUAUAUUAUAUCUUAUCUCCAACAUAAAUAUUUUGGGAUCCAUUACAUUAUUUUGUGAAAAAACAGAUUACUUUACCCUACCGAUUAGUUUAUUCACAAAAACAUAAAGGCUUAGAAUAAUCUGUAGCCAAAGAGUCACAAAAAUUGCUCUAAUUUAUGACAAGAGGUACAGCCUCUUCUAAAGGAACACUCCAGGCAGCAUAUAAUUAAGCAACAAGACUGCCUAUGCAUGAUCUAUACACCAAAACUGCUCAAUUUAGCAAAAGUUUAUUUUGUGCUCAGAGUAGCCUUUCAUUUGUAUUGAAAAAAAAAAUACUAUUCACUAUUGCCUAUAUUUUGAAGACUGGAGGUACAAAAUAUAAAAAAUAGGGAUGACAACUUGAUUGUAUAUUUUGCUGAUUCCCCUAAGUGUCUUCCUACACCAGGGGUAAGAAACCCUCGGCACUCCAGAUGUUGUGGACUACAUCCCCCAUAAUGCUCUUACACCCAUAAUGCUGGCAAAGCAUCAUGGGAGGUGUAAUCCAAAACAUAUGGAGUGCCGAAGGUUCCCUAUGCCUGUCCUACACAAUGAAGUUAGAAAGAACAUUUAUGUCUUGGGGUACAGUCAGACAAACAUGCCAAAAGGGCUGUAGGCAGUAAGGCUAUGGAAAUUUCACCUUGUGCUUACACUUACUUCAAAGUGAGAAACUUAACGAUAGGCAUCUUUCAUACUGUUUUCCAUGUGAUCUAGGAUCUAGCCUUGGUUGAACUGAAUGUUUUAUGGAACGCUGUUUGUUAGGUUUGUAGGAGACCAUCGAGAGGAUAUUAUUCUUGUCUUCUGGGGACAAUACAAUGUUAUGUAGAAGAAUUUGCUAUUUCUUGGCAACCAGUAUCUCACAUUCCUUUCUUUUCACUCAUACAUUUUACCAAGAAUAAGUGUGAUUCAUUAGUAUACCCAAAAUAUUCAAUUAAGACCUACCUACAGGUGUCAAAGGUUUAAUAUUUCUGCUCCUCUUCAUUCGACCUUUCUUUUUUUAAUCUCCUUAAUGUUUCUGAUUUUCUAGGCUGUGGCAAGACUGACAGGCAGAGAGUUAAAGGCAUAUGCCAAAGCCGGUGCAGUGGCUGAUGAAGUCCUAUCUUCCAUUCGAACUGUGGCUGCUUUUGGUGGAGAAAAGAAGGAGGCUGAAAGGUGAAUCAAUCACGUUUAUUUCCUGAAGUCUUUAAUCAAGUUAUACGUAAUUAACCGAAAAAUAUCUAGUCCAACAUAAGCCUUGAUUUCAUAUUUUUGGAUACGAUUUUCAAAAAAAAAAUUCAAAAUCUGAAAAAAACGCAAAAUAUUGCAAAUAUAAAAAUACAUCAAUAUAUUAAAAAUAUUACUAAAUUAAAAUAUUUUUCAAAAUAUUUCAUAAUUUUAAUAUUUUAUCCAAAAAAUGUUAAAUCAUAUAAAAAAGCUUAUCUAAAAUAUGAAAUCAAGGCCAUAGAUGGUUUUAUGGUAUCAACAUCUUCAUAAAAAAAAAUCUCAGAUAGUUGGUCAUCGGAGUUACAGUCCAACUGCAUUAAGGGCUGCCACUCUUGUGCUAUAGAGAUUAUUUUGUUAACUAUCUCUUUAACUGUCUCUUUAAAAAUGGCAAACAUAAUUUAUUUUAUUUUUUUUAUAUUUAUUGAUGCAGUGCAAUUUGGGUAAAGCCACUCCGCGCAGACUGAGCUCCGCAGGGUGGGGGAAGGCUUAUAAAUUUUUUUAAUAGCAGAAUAUUUGCGUACUCUAAGAAUCAGCUAGCAUUUGUCUUGUCUGUUUUAAAGUUACUAAUACCGAAUUAAUCAUGUGCUGUUAUGAUUAACAAUGAUAUAAUGUUUCUGCUAUAUUGUUUCUUUCUAUGUUCUAUUAUUUCUUUCUCUGAAACAUACAGUUGUAUAGUCCUAUAUACAGUGCAUGACAUGGUUCAACGUGAUGUACUUUGUCUGCAGGUAUGACAAUAACCUGAUUGAAGCUCAGGCUUGGGGUAUCAAAAAAGGCACCAUCAUAGGCUUCUUCCAGGGGUAUAUGUGGUGCAUUAUUUUUCUGUGUUAUGCUCUUGCUUUCUGGUAUGGAUCUAAACUGGUAACUGAAACAAAAGAGCUAUCACCGGGGAGUCUUCUGCAGGUCAGUUUAUUUAAAGCUAAUUUGUUACAUUGUUACUGCAUACAGGCAUCCCAACCAUCCCAAUUUCGUCAGGCUGGCCUACUUGAUUGGCAGAUAUCCUGGUGUUCAUAAAUAGCUCUACACAAAGGGGUUGCCCUACUUGGAAGGGGGAGGUUUCAUCCAAUUUGGGUGGAGCUAAUGAUAUGAAUCUCGACAUUGGCCUGCCUCCUUUUUUGCCCUCCCACUGGCAUCUUGCAUCAUACGAGGCCCAAAUUUGCUGAAUAUGGUAUUAUAUUUCCCAAUAUUAGGCCAGCAUUGGUACUUUAUUAGUGCUGAUACAUAACCAGCGUAUGGGGCAUAAGAAUAAUCCUAUCUCCAAAAAUACUCAUCUCAAUGUUGAUGUUAGUUGAUAGAGUUUUUCAGAUAAUUUGGCCCAUUACCAGUUAUACCAUGCGCUAUACACAGAGACACAUUUUAUUUAUUAUUAUAUUUUUUAAAUGUUUGCAUCUUUAGGGUGUGGUUAACAGGUUUAGUGGUGAUGAAUAAUCUAGCCUGCCAAUAUUCUUAAUUCAACAGUGCUGGGAAUUCUUGUAAGAUAGGAUAUAGUUUAUUAUAGCUACAAGAAAUGGUGUGUUAAUUAUACUUUGCUGCUAUUUAGAGAUAGCACAGCUUAGAUGUGAAAGACGAUUCAGGUAGAUGCAUCUCUAAAAGCUGGUGACAGAAUAAUAUUUCCUUUAUGUAUUAAAAAAUAAGUAUGUGGGAUUUCAUAAUUACAUAAUUUUAAAAUACAAACAGCUGAUAUCAAACAAAAAUAUUAUAAACCAAGGAAUACAACUGAACGUGCUUUUAACUCCGAGUGCAGUACAGUAGCUGGCUAAAGCAUUGUUUCGACCGCUAUUUUGUUCAGGGUACAACACAACACUAAACACGUUGCUGAUCAGGAAGAUCUUCCAUGUCUGAAUCUUUCUACAAUUAAUUUUAUUUGUUUAGAAAAUGCCUUCUAAUGUGUAUUGAUCAUAGAAAUGUGAAUGAUUUUAGCUAGUGUUUCUUAGCCCUUGAAUAAUGUCUGAAAUUAGAAUCACCAUGUUUUUUCCAGGCAAUCAUAUUGCUUUAUUCAUUUCUGAUACAGUCAGUUGACAUAAAAUCUAUCCUUUUAAGGACACAACUGCAGAGGUAAAAGGCCAGCAUCACGAAAAAUUUCCAUCAUGUGCCCAUGGCACUGUAGGUUUAAAAGGUGCCCCCCUCCCUCGCACCCCCCCCCCACUAGGCUGAAGGGGUUAAAAACCCUUCAACCACUUACCUGAAUUCAGCGCCGAUGUCCCUCGGUACUGGGUCAGGCUCCGACCACAUUUCUCAAAUGGCCAUGCUCCCAUUAGUAUUUCCCCAUAAGAAAGUAUUAUUCAAUGAUAUCCUAUAGGGAAAAUCUGGCGCUGGAGGUCCUCAUACAGAGCAGUGAGGACGUCCAGCGUCAGAUAACAGACUAAAGGUCCAUUUCAAUUCCAGAAGUCUUCAAGUGGCUGUCUGGUAGACAGCCACUGAGGGCAGACUUAGAGCUGCAAUGUAAACAUUCUCUGGAACUGCAAUGUUUUACAUUGUAGCACUAUGUGCAAUAGGGACACAGCUCCCAGACCACUUCAAUUAGCUGAAGUGGUCUGGGUGCCUACAGUGUCCCUUUAAGUAUCUUUGUUCUGUAGCACUGACAUAAAUAUGAACCAUAAUGUUUUGUUUUCUAUUUAAACCAAGUUAUGCUUUUUAUUUGAAGGUAUUUUUUGGAGUACUGGUUGCUGCAAUGAACUUGGGUCAAGCUUCCCCCUGCUUAGAAGCCUUUGCAACUGGCCGAGCAGCUGCUACAAUUAUAUAUGAGACAAUAGAAAAGGUGAGAUUGGUAUUAACAAUAACUUCACUUCUUUUAUCUGUCUAUUUAUCCAGUUCAAUUAAGUUAAAAUUAAUACUGUCCUGCAAAGCAAAGACACGCAAAGUUGACUAUUUCCCCAUAAGAUUGUAAAUUGUAGCAACUGAAAAAAGUAAUUUGAUUAUAUAUCAAAAUGUUAUAAAUAUCACCUCUGGGGCAAAGGGUUUGCACCAAUGUAUAUUUCUCUAUCAAUAAGGUGAAAUGCACUUUUAUAUAUGUUCUAAUAUUAAGACGCUUGUGUCUACUUUUAGAAUCCAGAGAUUGAUUGCAUGUCUGAUGAAGGGCACAAACCGGAUAAAGUGAAUGGUGUCAUUGAGUUCCAUAAUGUAAAUUUCCACUAUCCAUCAAGACCAGAUGUAAAGGUAUGCAUUAGACUUUAACCCUGUGAACUUUAUCUAAGGAUGAUCAUAAAUGUAUAUCUCCAGAAAGCUAAGCUUUAAAUAUUUUUACAUCAGUUCAGAUUUUCCUUAUUUAUGGUUUCAUAUUUAUGGAUCUGGAUAAAUAAAUUGUGCAUUUUAUAGUAUACAGUUGAAAUAUUGGCUUAUUAUUAUUUUUAUUUUUAUCAAAGCAAGAUAAAAAUUUUGAAAUUGUGUUAAAUAAUUUGAUACAGCAUUGCUAUAACACUCUUGGCAAAGUGGCACUUCAAUGAAUAGUACCUUCCAAACACUGAAACGAGGUAUGUUUCUCAGUUAUGCUGUGUAGAGGUCCCCUGCCCCUGUUUCCCAGCACAUAUUUUUUAUACAUUUUCCAUUUUCCCUUGAAUUUCUGCAUUCAUUAACCAACGCCAUCAGUGACUGCUGACAUAAGAGCGGAGACUGGUGAAGGUUAAAGACGAUGGGAACCUGACUCUGACCCACAACUUUUUUGAGCUCUCCACUCUUAAUCCUGAAUAAAUGAGUGAUUAUUCCCGGUUCAACACCAUAAACCUUAAAGAGGUCCAAUGCCUAUUUAAAGAAGUCAAAUGCCUGUUUAAAGAGGUCCAAUGUCUAUUUAAAGAAAUCCAAUGCCUGUUUAAAGAGGUCCAUUGUCUAUUUAAAGAAGUCCAAUGCCUGUUUAAAGAGGCCCAAUGUGUGUUUAACCCCUUAAGGACACAUGACAUGUGUGACAUGUCAUGAUUCCCUUUUAUUCCAGAAGUUUGGUCCUUAAGGGGUUAAAGAGGUCUAAUGCCUGUUUACAGAGGUGCAGUGCUGUUAAUCAACAACAGCCCUAGAAGGCAGGACAAUAUGGAGUCUUGUCUGACAGCCCAGGAUCUGUCAGCCAAAGACAACAUCAAUAGGUGACUUUAGAAACUUGCAUAUUAUAGACGUCUGAUGGUUCUAUAUCCUUAGCAUGGGGUAUUUUUUUAAUAUAUCAAAAUGUUGACAUGAUUAGUUUCUCAGCCUUUCAGCAGCAUCUCCAGCCAUUGAUCAUGGUAAACACAUGUUUUUUCUAACACAUAAUUAAUCAUUAGUUCUUACCAUGUUAUUACAUUUUAACGCAACAAAAUCUGGGGGUGUCACAUCCCACUUGAUCCUAUGGACCAGCCACCACUGCAUAAGGGGGACCAUUGCAUCCUUCUCAACCCUCCCAAGUGCAGGAAAGGCUUGUGCAAACUGGGCAAGAGCUUGCUAUGGUCCACAAGCCCUCUAACAGGCUCCUUCAUAUCAGUGUAAAGGGACAUGACCUGAAGCCACAGACACACACACACACUUGUGCAAUUGCGAGAUUGUUUUUGAUAGCUGCUGUUAUAAAACUAUGCUGCCAAUAAAGUGAAUACUUUCUGCUUAUUCAGCAUUUCCAUUCAUAUUACCUAAUAAAAGGAAUUACUGCCAAGUGUCAAACUACAUGACUUAUAAAUUAUGUCUGGGCUUGGGUUAAUGAGAUCUGCACAGUCCCUAAAAUAAUUUGGACAUCCUGAUUGACUGGGUCACUAAUUGCCAUGGUCAAAGCUCACUAGUACAUCUGCAAAGCCUGCAAAUUUGUAUCAAAUGCAGUAAUUUCAAAGGUGAUUUUAAUGUGUUGUUAAUGUUUUGGAAAUAGGUGUAACCAUCAAUCUGGUGUGCUUUUUAUAAUUUUGAUUUAUUCUAUUCAAAUGGGAAUGCCGCAAGUUGCACGGUGACCUAUUUAAAGAUUAAUUACAAAAAGUUAGCACAACAUUAAAAUAUUGUAUACCGUAUGUUUAUUUUUCUGAAUAUGCUAAAAAGAAUGCAUAAUCAAAAAUAUUUCCCAAAUUUGCAGAUUCUAAGUGAUCUCAACAUUGCCAUUAAUCCAGGGGAAACAACAGCAUUUGUUGGGCCCAGUGGUUCUGGGAAAAGUUCUACAAUACAACUCAUUCAAAGAUUCUACGAUCCUACAAAUGGCAAGGUAAAUAAUCCUGUUUAGCAUCCUGUCUGAAUGAUUAGCAUUGCUGUGAUAUGAUUUCAGUAGACUUAGUCACUUAAUGUUAUUAUCCAUUGUUUCUGUUAGCUGUUAACCCAUUAAUCUUUUCACUUGAGUCCCUAAAAUGCUGGAGCCACCUAGUCCUAUUUAUGCACAUUCACAUCUUUGCCUGUAUAAACCAACACACACAUACACACGCAAACACAUCUGUAUAGUACACAUUAUACAUGCACAUUCACAGACAUUCAUACAAGCACAUAUGGUCACAUACUUGCAUACUUCAGUGGCUCAAUGUAGAUUCCAAACAUUUUAGUGGCUUGUUUGUUUUUAAACUAUUUCUCUUUUAAGAACUUAUUUACUAUUUUUUCCAUGCUGUUUGUCAGCUUGUGGCUUAAUGGAUCCGUAAUUGUAUUGUUACUCAGGUUACUAGAUCAGGAGAACCUAGGAAGACAUUCCUAGGUGGUUAUGGUACCAGGAGUUCGCUGGUAUUAUCACCCCCAGAAUGUAAGUAGUCAAACUUUUUUAGAACAGAAAGCCAAAAGCUCUGAGCAAUCGCUAUUAGCUGAGAGCGAUCAGUUAACGUUAUCUGUCAAUGAGCUACCCCUGCAUUGCACGGCUUAGCACGAGAGAGCUAACAGCAACUCUCAAGACUAAAGUGAAAGAAAUGAGGAGUGAUGCCCAGAUAAGAAGUUAGACAGUUCUAAAAUAAUUUGAAUACUUACACUAGGGGGCAUCAGGGCACUCCACUUUCCAUAAUCACUGCAGUGGUUUUGUACUUGGAGUGUUCAUUUAAACAAUUGUACAAGUAAAAUAAUUUGGCACAAGCUGGUGUUUAAUAAAUGUAUCACUCGCUACUCUUGUAGUUGCAAGUUUUCUUUUUUUAAGCCCGCGCCUGACUUUAAGCAAACUGAGAAGCGAGUAGCACUGGGCGACUUUGUCUUUAGUAAAUAGAUUGAAUUAAGUUAUGUGUGAAGUAGAAAUAAAAUUAAAAAUAUAUAUAGUGGCUUAUUCAUUAAAUAGUUCUUUGUGGUGAGUUGAUUACCAUUUUUAAUUCAUGGACUAAAGGUGCAAAAUUGGAAAAUAAAUUCCAAAUAACUUGUAAGAAUAGCAUUAUUUCUUAAUAUUAUUAAAUGCAUUUCCCAGGUGACUUUGGACGGCCAUGAUAUCAGAACACUUAACAUUCAGUGGCUGCGCUCUGUAAUUGGUAUUGUUGAGCAGGAACCUGUUCUAUUUGCUACUACAAUCGCCGAGAACAUUCGCUAUGGAAGAGACAAUGUUACCAUGGAAGACAUUACCAAGGCAGCAAAAGAAGCUAAUGCCUUUAACUUCAUAAUGGAGUUACCGCAGGUAAAAUGAGGCAAAGAGGAUUUUGUGUAAAUACCAGAUUACUGUGUUUGUUAACAGUUUAAAUCCAAUUGUGGGAGCUGAUAAAAGUCCGUCGCUAUUUUCAGAAUAGAUGAAAAUAGCAACAGCUAGAACAACAAGUGACAGAACAAAAUGUUUUUUUAUAGGACAAGACAUGCAUUAUCUAUGUUUAAAUGUACAGUAACACAAAAGUGAAUCCUGUUCAAUAAUAUAUGACGUAAUAUAUGAAUUUUGAAUAAAGUAGACAUGAUUUUCAUUCAAGAGAAUGUGUUAUAUAAGAAGUCUGCCCAGUUACAUUGAAAAGACCUGUAAAUUCAACUGUUGAAAGAUAGAUAGAUAGUUAGAUAGACCUCUCUUUCUCAUCAUUUGAAAUUCAUUCGAUUCGUCUUUUCAAACCCAUUUUUGCUAACAUUGCCGUUAUUUAUCGUCCCCCUGGUUUCCCUCUCCUCUUUCUUGACCACUUUGCUACCUGGCUACCCUACUUCCUCUCCUCUAGUAUUCCAUCCCUAAUUCUCGGGCAUUUCAAUAUUCCCAUUAACCCACCCUUGAACUCAGCCGCCUCUAAACUACUUUCAAUUAUUUCCUCCCUUAGACUAUCGCAGCGGGAUAAUUAUCCUACCCACGUAGCUGGCAAUACCCUCAACCUCAUUUUCUCUUAUGCAUGUACAGUGUCUAAUAUCUGCAAAACUCAAUUUCCUCUCUCAGAUCACCACCUCGUAUCAUUUGCUCUCAAGAAUUCCCUCACCCAACAACCUCAGCCUAACUCCCCUCAACUCAGAAGAACCUUAAUUCUAUUGACCUCCAGCAGCUGUCAGCUGAUAUUGAUUCACAACUCCUAUCCAUUCUUCCCUCUCCUGUCCCUCACUGUCAAUCUCCACAUAUAACACUACCCUUACCUCUGCCUUGAACACCGCAGCCCCGCUCCAAACAUGCACCUUGAGGAGGAUAUGCCCCCAACCAUGGCACACUAAAUCAACACACCACCUGCAAAGAUGCUCCUGUUGUGUUGAACGUUCCUGGAGGAAGUCUUGCACCCAGUCAGACUUUCACCAUUGUAGAUUCAUAUUUAGUUCGUACAGCGCAGUCCUUGCCCUCGCCAAAGAGUCAUAUUUUUCCUCUCUCAUUAGUUCAUGCUCCUGCAAUCCCAGGCAUCUCUUUGAUACCUUUAACUCUCUUCUUCCCCCUGCUGUGGCAACCCUCCAAACUAACCUCACAGCCGAGAGCUUUGCAUGCUACUUUACCAACAAGAUUGAACAGCUAUGGAAAGAAUUCUCACCAAAUUGCCUAUCUCUUUCUCAACCACAUGUAGAUCAUGCCUUACCUACCCUUAAGACUUUCUCCCAGGCUACUCAACAAGAGGUGGCUGUGCUUCUCGUCCUACCUAUUGCCAGCUUGAUCCUGUCCCAUUUAACCUUAUCAGAUUUCUUACUCCUUGUCUUGUGCCUUCCUUAACACACAUCUUCAACUGCUCUCGCUUUCUGGCAUUCUCCAUGCUGGCCUUAAACAUGCCACUGCAGUAUCCAAUCCUGAAAAAAACAUCUCUUGAUCCAUCCUCCCCUGCUAACUAUCAUCCCGUAUCCCUGUUUCCUUUUGCCUCAAAGCUUCUGGAAAGACUUAUCUUUACCCAAAUGUAUCACUUCCUCAAUUCCAACUCUUUCCUUGACCCUCUUCAGUCUGGCUUCUGCCCCCUCCACUCUACUGAGACUGUUCUUAUCAAAGUUAAUAACGACCUAAUUGCAGCUAAAUCCAAAGGCCACUAUUCCAUUCUAAUUCUUCUUGACCUCUGCUGCCUUUGACACUGUUGAUCUUUUUCUCCUUCUUAAAACUCUUUAAUCACUUGGUAUCUGUGACUCUGUCCUCUCGUGGUUUUCCUCUUAUCUCUCCUAACGCUCAUUCAGAGUCUCCUUUUCUAAUGAUACAUCCUACCUUCGUCCUGUCUCAGUUGGAGUCCCCCAAGGCUAUAUCCUUGGUACCCUUCAAUUUUCUGUUUAUACUGCCUCUCUUGGCAAAUGUAUUACCUCAUUUGGAUUCAACUACCACCUGUACGCUGAUAACACCCAGAUAUAUCUCUCCUCCCCGGUCCUCUCUCCUGCCAUCCUGCAACAUGUCAAUGCUUGUCUUUCUUCCAUCUCUGACUGGAUGUCCUCCCGCAUUCUGAAACUCAGUCUCUCUAAAACUGAGCACCUUGUCUUUCCUCCUCCUAAUGCUGAUCCUCCUCUUUCACUUUCCCUUCAAGUUCGUGGUAUCCACACCAGUCCAUACCUGCAAGCAUGCUGUCUUGGCGUUAUACUUGACUCUGGCCUCACCUUUGAGCCUCACUCCCAGUAUGUUACCAAAUCCUGUAGAUUCCAUCUUAAAAACAUAGUCCACAUCCGCCCCUUUCUUACGCAAGGAGCUUGUCCAUGCUCUAGUAAUUUCUCGCAUGGAUCAUUAUAAUCUUCUUCUAAUUAGUCAUCCCAAAAGCUGUAUUUCCCCGCUACAGUCUGUAAUGAAUGCUGCCGCCAGACUGAUUCUCUUUUCCAGUCAGUCCUCUCACACCUCACCCCUCUGUUAGUCCUUACAUUGGCUUCCUGUAUCCUAUAGGAGUCAAUUCAAAGUACUAACCCAUACCUAAAAAGCAGUGAACAAUUCUAGCCCUUCUUAUAUCUCUUCACAGAUCCAUAGGUAUGCACCUUCUUGGUCUCCUCUCUGCCCAUGAACUUCUCCUGUCCGCUGCUCGCACCCAUAUGGCAAACUCACACUUCUCACGGGCGGCUCCCUUCCUAUGGAAUAGUCUGCCUACUGCCAUCAGACUCUCCCCUAGACUUCAAUCGUUUAAGAGGUGCCUUAAAACCCAUCUCUUUAGGAAAGCCUAUGGCCUCCCAGAAUAACCUCUACCUCACAUACCUGUCUCUUGCUCUCUCCUCCAGCUCUGCUUCACUCCCACCUUAUUUGAUUGAUAUCUCCUGGCCUAUUGUGUUUUAUACCCCACCUCCUAUAGACUGUAAGCUCGUUCGAGCAGGGUCCUCUUUAACCUAUCAUUCCUGUAAAUGUUCUUGUAAUUGUCCUUUUUAUAGUUAAAUCACCCCAUCUUAUAAUAUUGGCGCUAAAUAAAUGGCAAUAAUAAUAGAUAGAUAAAUAGAGAGAUAAAUAGAUAGGACAGACAAAUCAUAGACUGUAUUUUUUUUUGUUAGUAUGUAGUUUGUAGUUGAUAGUAGUUUGUUAUUUUUAUAUUCUUACAGCUAUUAAACUGUAAAGAUAAAAAAAUAACAAACUCUAUAUUGCAUCAUUCUCUAAAACUCUACUAGAAGGCUUUUCCUUUAUCUUAACCCCUGUCUGUUAAAUUGUAUUUCGUAACCUGGCCUCCAAAUACUCAUAUACAGGGAGCUUGGCUCAAUAAAGGAAUCACUGUAGAGAACAUAGAGUUUCAGAGAUCUAUUUAUUCAAUGCAGUAGUCAGUCCUUAAUUAACCAUUUUCUGAAAACUUGGUUUAUUUAAUUAGAAACAUAGAAACAUAGAAUGUGACGGCAGAUAAGAACCAUUCGGCCCAUCUAGUCUGCCCAAUUUUCGAAAUACUUUCAUUAGUCCUUGGCCUUAUCUUAUAGUUAGGAUAGCCUUAUGCCUAUCCCAUGCAUGCUUAAACUCCUUUACUUUGUUAACCUGUACCACUUCAGUUGGAAGGCUAUUCCAUGCAUCCACUACCCUCUCAGUUAAGUAAUAUUUCCUGAUAUUAUUUUUAAACCUUUGCCCCUCUAAUUUAAGACUAUGUCCUCUUAUUGUGGUAGCUUUUCUUCUUUUAAAUAUGGUCUCCUCCUUUAUUGUAUUGAUUCCCUUUAUGUAAUUAGACAUGUUUAGCAUACAGGGUCAUCUACUAAAGUGGUAAUUCAAAGUGAAUUCAAAGAGAAUUUUAAAUUCUCUUUAGAUCAUUUUUCCAAUUUGGCUAAUCGAACCAUAAAUUUUAAAUUCACUUUUAAUACUCUCUUAAGUAAAUAGCUCUGUCAGAAUAACUCUAAAUCUGAUUGAUUGAAAAAAAAUACAGGAUUCAGAAAGAUGUGAAAAGACAGAAGUCAGCCAAGGCUGAGUGAAUGUAAAUCAUAGAAUUUUCUUAUAAUGUAUAUUUUCACGUUAUGUUCCAGCAUGAUUAUGAUUAGUUUCACACUGAAAAUGCUUAAAAUUCAUUGUAAGUGAUAUAACUUACCCUACUUUUAGAAAUUUGACACUCUUGUUGGAGAAGGAGGAGGCCAGAUGAGUGGUGGACAAAAACAAAGGAUUGCCAUUGCUCGAGCUCUGGUCAGAAAUCCAAAAAUACUACUUCUGGACAUGGCCACAUCUGCACUGGAUAAUGAAAGUGAAGCUAUUGUACAAGAAGCCCUUGAUAAGGUUAGACGUUCAAGCAGUACAUUGAUAAUAUCUUGUAAAAUAGUAUUUAAAGGACCACUUAUGGUACCCAGACCAUUUAAUCUCAGUGAAGUGUUCUGGGUUAGGUGGCAUGUAGUCUUAAUACAGCAAAGUAAAACUCUGCUGUUUUGUAGAAAUGACAAUGUUUACCUUGUAGGGUUAAACACACCAUUAUUGAAUGUGUUCCUGACAGCCACUAGCGGAGAUUCCUGUGCAAUGACCAAGUUUGACUGCCAUCUAACAUUGAUUAUGAGGAUAUCACACACCAUCAAAUGCCGGUCAAAGGGAAUCAUUGGAUUCAAUGCUUCCCCAUGAGGAACAUGUGAUUGGAUGAACAUGUGCAUUUCAACCCCCAUGCUCCUCUAUGAGGUGCAUUGGAUUGGGCACGAAGCUGGGAAGUGGCGACUCUUGAGUUUAAAUGCUGGAAGAAAGGUUAAUUACAAACCUUUCGGUUUUAAUUUCAUUUUGUCCAGCCCUACAUCUAACUAUUGAAGAUAACAUUAUAGCAUUAAGAUUGCUCGUUUGUAUUCCUAACACUAUAAUGUUCCUUUAACAUGAUUCAAUAUAUAAAGUAGACUGUGGAAGCUGCAAAGUAUAAUGUAGGUAAAUCAACAAUAUAACACUUAGCCAUAACAUUGAUGUUUUCGAUUAUGUAGUAGGCUUAUUGAGCCCUGCAUAAUAAGAAUUAUAUCAAUAAUAAUUAAUUAUGAACUCAGUCUUCAUGUAAAAGUAUUGUGAUGCCACAAUAAUAUUUAUUUUCCAGCUGAACUUUUAGUGUGUUACUGAAUUUAUAUAGCCGAACUCAGUGGCAAACUGUUACUGUUAUCUUUGCAAUCUGUUAUCACUUUAUGCAAUCAUUUCAUUACAAGAACACACCCAGAACUAAUCUUACUUAGAAUAUCUUGUGGUUUUAUCUUGUUUCCGGUGCUACUUAACUGCCAGCAAAGAACAUCAACAGUGUCAAGAUUGGUACAUUUAGUCUAUUGAUACCUUACACAUUCUUAUGUGUUUAAAAACAAAAUUUAUCUACAUUCUUACAGCAACCACUUAUAAAUAGAGAAUGUUGUGAACUAAACCAUGGCCUGCAGAAGAAUAUAUAUACUUUUUAGAAAAUAACAUUUUAGUGAUAAGGUCUCUCCUAAGUUUUCAUGCGUUGAUAGUACUUUAAGUGACUGAAUUCCUUUUUUAUUUUUUUCCUAAGCACUCUAGUUUUUAUAAAAUACAUAAGAAAAAAUAGAGACUACUUUUCCUUAUGCAUAUGAUUAAACAAGUUCCUGUUUGAGCUGCCAAUCAAGUUUACCCACAAUCCAUCAGUAAAAUGAAUCGCACAAAAGGGAAAACAGCAGACAUGAUGGGUAGAGUAGAACAAAUGACUGUGAGCAGAUAUUAAGAUCUGGAACAUGAAAGAAAACAAUAAAAAUAAAGAAAAGUAGCAAUGGGGUAGUGUAAUCAUUAAAACACGGGGGGCACAAGGACAGGAAAAUGAAAAGAAAAAUAACAAACAAAAAUGAUAGGUCCACUUUUAAGUAUUAUUGAGCAAACUGUUUUAGAUACGUGAACCAUUUUCUAAAUAAAUUUUCAAUGUAUUCAUUUUGUAUUUCAUCACGCAGUUAUACUCUAUUAAUUUCUGCUUUUCAUGUUUUAAACAAAACAAAGCAGCACAACAACGUUAAAAAUAAAGAUGAUGUGAAAUGUGCUGUUUUCUGUAUGUCCUUAUUUUAUAAGACCUACCUCCUUUUCUUGUGUUGUGAUUGGCUCGUUACAUUUCUAAACUAGGAAAUAUAACCGGCCAAGUCCAGCGCUAGACACAGGAGAGUUUCAUGAUAUAUAUGGCAUAUAUAUCAUAAACAUGUUAUUUCACCAUACUAAUGUUGACUGUGUUGGGACUUGACUGAAAUUCCAACCCUGUCAAGAGAUAUACUGAGACAAAAUAGAAACUAGUUUGUCUCAGUAUUUUUCCUACUCCUGAUAUUUCUAGACGCUGGGCAGAGAUACCACAGUCUAGAAGUGUUAAUCCCCCCAGCCAUCACCAGUAGGCUGCAGAGAAUUGGCUCUGUCUAUGAAGGAUCCCAUGGUCUCGCGAGGUCCUCAAUAGACCUCAAUGCUGUACUCUCACCAUGAGCUGAAGAGGACCCAACUGAGGAAGAUGGCCAAGCCCAUGAGGGACAGGUUCAGGUAUUUAUUUGCUCCCCAGCCAUCGGAACCCCUGCGGCAAUGUCACCAUCAGGGGUCUUUGCGAAUUCUGCAAAUUCUUAAGACGGUGACAGUGAUGCUUUGAUAGUGCUUUUGUCACAUUAACCUUUUGACAGCACAAUCAGUACAUGUAUUUUUGCUGAAGAUUCCAUUUAACUCUGAAUGCUAAUAUUAUUUUUAUUGGUUUCUCAAUAUUAUUAAGGUACGCAUUGGAAGAACAACGAUUUCGAUAGCUCAUCGCCUUUCCACAGUCAGAAAUGCAGAUAUAAUCGUGGGAUUUGAUGGUGGAAGAGCUGUGGAAAAAGGAACACAUAAUGAACUUUUGAAAUUAAUGGGUGUCUAUUAUACAUUAGUCACUCUGCAAAGCCAAAAUGAAUGUACAGGUAAUAAACAUAAUAUAUCUUAAAAUUAAUCAUUUGUACUCCUUUGCUUAGAAAAUGAUUUAUCAAAAGAAAGAUACGUGCUAAUGACUCAAACAAUUUAGACUUUUUAUUAUGUAUGUUUUAUUUUGCAUUUUUCCAUAAUAUAUUUAUUUAUUUGACAAUUUUUAUUUAAAAAAAAUCAGUUUCAUUCAGGGAUACCACUACUUGGCAAUAAAAUAGCAAUAAUUACAGCUUUUAGCCGUUCAAAGGUGAGAUAACAUACUGUGUUUUUAUAAAUUAGAAACUGCCAGAAAUAGUGUUUUGUACAAAUUAGAAACUGUAGAAAUUACAUUGCAGAAUAGUCAGCUAUUCUUAUUUUCCCAUCUUUAACAUUGUACAGUGUACUGUCAUACUCAGGGGGGCCAAAGACAACGUGCUGCCUGGGUCAAAGGAUGAAAUGCUGCCCCACCACCCCACCACCCCACCACCCCAUCCCCGCACCUCACCCCCCCAAACCUCGCGCACAUCCAGGAGACGCAGUGUGUGUGUUGUAUGCAGUGUGUAUAGUGAAUGCAUUGUAAGCAUGUGUAUAGUGGAUACAGAGUGUUUGUGUUGUGGAUGCAGUGUAUGUGUGGAUGCAAUGUCUUUGUAGCGGAUAUUGUGUAGUGGGUGCAGUGUUGGUGUUUGGGUAGUGGGUGCAGUAUCUGUGUAGUGGGUGCAUGUAGUGUGUGCAGUGCGUAUGGUGGAUGCAGUGUCUGUGUGCAGUGCAUGUAGUGUGUGUAGUGGAUGCAGUGUCUGUGUGUAGUGGAUGCAGUGUCUGUGUGUAGUGCACGUAGUGUGUGCAGUGUGUGUAGUGGAUGUGGUGUCUGUGUGUAGUACAUGUAGUGUAUGCAGUGUAUCUGUGUAGUGUGUGUAGUGGAUGCUGUGUCUGUGUGUAGUGCAUGUAGUGUGAGUAGUGGAUGCAGUGACUGUGUGUAGUGUUUGUAGUGUGUGUAGUGGAUGCAGUGUCUGUUUGUAGUGCAUGUAGUGGAUGCAGUGUAUGUGUGUAGUGCUUGUAAUGUGUGUAGAGGAUGCAGUGUCUGUGUGCAGUGCAUGUAGUGUGUGUAGUGGAUGCAGUGUCUGUGUGUAGUGCUUGUAGUGUGUGUAGUGGAUACAGUGCAUGUGUGUAGUGAACAUAGUGUGUGCAGUGUGUGUAGUAGAUGUGGUGUUUGUGUGUAGUGCACGUAAUGUGUGCAGUGUGUAUAGUGUAUGCAGUUUCUGUGUGUAGUGCCUUUAGUGUAUGCAGUGUAUCUGUGUAGUGUGUGUAGUGGAUGCUGUGUCUGUGUUUAGUGCAUGUAGUGUGUGUAGUGGAUGCGGUGUCUGUGUGUAGUGUUUGUAGUGUGUGUAGUGGAUGCAGUGUUUGUGUGUAGUGCAUGCAGUGGAUGCAGUGUCUGCGUGUAGUGCUUGUAGUGUGUGUAGUGGAUGCAGUGCCUGUGUGUAGUGCAUGUAGUGUAUGCAGUGUCUCUGUGUAGAGCAUAUCUGUAUAAUGGGUGCAUGUAGUGUGUGCAGUGGAUGCAGUGUCUGUGUGUAGUGGAUGCAGUGUCUGUGUGUAGUGCAUGUAGUGUCUCUGUGUAGUGCAUGUAGUGGAUGCAGUGUCUGUGUGUAGUGCUUGUAGUGUGUAUAGUGGAUGCAGUGUUUGUGUGUAGUGCAUGAAGUGUGUGUAGUGGAUGCAGUGUCUGUGUGUAGUGCAUGUAGUGUAUGCAGUGUCUCUGUCUAGUGCACGUAGUGUUUGCAGUAUGUGUAGUGGAUGCAAUGUCUGUGUGUAGUGAAUGUAGUGUGUAUAGUGGAUGCAGUGUCUGUGUGUAGUGCCUGUAGUGUGUGCAGUGGAUGCAGUGUAUGUGUGUAGUGCACGUAGUGUAUGCAAUGUCUCUGUGUAGUGCAUGUAGUGUAUGGAGUGUAUGUGCAUGGUGCUUGUAGUGUAUAAAGUGGGUGCAGUGUCUGUGUGUAGUGCAUGUAGUGUAUGUAGUGGAUGCAGUGUCUGUGUGUAGUGCUUUUUGUUUGUGUAGUGGAUGCAGUGUCUGUGUGUAGUGCACGUAGUGUGUGUCGUAGAUGCAGUGUCUGUAUGUAGUGCAUGUAGUGUGUGCAGUGUCUCUGUGUAGAGCACAGAGUGUGUGCAGUGUGUGUAGUGGAGGCAGUGUCUGUGUGUAGGGCAUGUAGUGUGUGUAGUGGAUGCAGUGUCUGUGUGUAGUGCUUGCAGCAUGUGUAGUGAAUGCAGUGUCUGUGUGUAGUGCAUGUAGUGUGUGUAGUGGGGCUGUGAGGGAUCCUGCCCCUGUAAAAUUACCGCCUGGAGCCGUGACUCCACUGCUGCCAAUGGAUGGUCAGGCCCUGGUCAUACUUACCUUUUCUGAAGCUCCCCGAUACAGGGGCAAGGUCAGAUGCUGUACGCUUCACGUGCAAGUCUAUUUGUGUGAAGUCGCGCCAACAGCACGUCUCGAAGUGCCGAACCGAUUGGUUCACACAAACCAAUCGGUUUGCAUGAACAGAAACUCCUGAAUUCAUCAUUCGGCUAAAUUCGGGUCUUUAGGCGCUCUACAGUGAUGCAGACCAAUGGUAUUGGUUCACUGGCGUUAUAAGCCAAGGCUUUUCAGUAGCAAGUUGCCCUGUUGUGGUUCUUGUAUACUCAAGAGUGCGCUUCAUAUUUUGGAUUUCCUAUCACUGACUUUGGCUUGUUCAUUCAUUUCUCCGCUUUCUGUGGUCCAUUUAUGUUGUACUCUCCUACGUUUGACCUUGGCUUUCUCCUUAACUACUCUUUACGUUAAUUUAGUCCAUUCUAUGUUAUACCUCUCCUUUAGUAGAUUAGGGUCUGCGUGUUUUGGGUUCUUCUACUGUGACAUGUACAUCGAUGCCAAAAUUAUGUCAAGACAAAAACAUUAAACAAUUACUUGACUACCUUUUAAAAUAAAAUGUAAUUGUUUUACAAUUUAGAAAUAUAAUCAUUUAGAAAUAGUAACAAGCACAGCUGAGAGAAAUACAUAAAUAUGAAAAAGCUAAAUGUUUUACAUGACAAUUGGUAACAUUGUGUUUACGGUAACAACGCUAAGCACAAGGACUAAGAAGCAUUGAGGUUAAUUUGGCAAUUUAAUUUGCAAGUUUCAUUUGAUCAUUUGUAUAUGUGCAUCCUGCUUGAUGCAUUAGUCCCUAGUCCUGGGCCGAUCAUGGUCGGUGAAAAAAUGUAAUAAUCUUAUGUAAUCUACAUUCCAAGUACCCAUGCCUGAGGUAUUAACAUACAGUAAUAGGUUUUAUUCAGUUCUUUUGGCUUAAUUUUAAAUAUUGUUUUAAUUAUUGACAAUACAGAAACUGCCAUAAGGGAAAAUACUGUUCCAGAAAAACAGAGAACCUUCAGCAGAGGAAGCUAUCGAUCAAGUUUACGGUUUGUUUUCACUUUAUCAUUAAAAAUAAAAAUAUUUUAUGUUCAAUAUGUAAUAAUGUGAUUGAUGUUAAAUCAUAAAUAUACAAUAUUUAUAAUCUGUUUUUAACACACGUGUGUAGGAAUAAUAAAAAUAUACCACAGUAGUAUAAAAAGAAGCAAUACUUAUUUUAACAAGUUUAAAGAUGAGUAUUAUAUCUUUGUUAUUUUAUUUAUUUAUUUAUUUUUUUAAGGCAUUAUCUAUUUAAUGCAAUAAAAAACUGACACUUUCUGCCUAUUGUGUCCCUUUGAUGAUCAGAAAUACUCUUUCAGGGACUAAUUGACCAGCGAAUACUCGGUUUAUUACAUAAUCACACCCUGUAAUUUAAUUAAGUAUACUAUAGGGUUUAUACUAUGUAUAUUGAGUUGUGGAGAGUUGAUAUUAAAUUACAAAGUUAAGGCCUAUUUGCCAGCACUGGAGAAUAUUUUAACUCAAAUUAGCCUUCCAACCCAGCUAUUUCCCCAUAUAUUAUAUUUACAUACCUCCCAGAUUAGAGGUGAGAAAACAGGACAUAGGGUGGAUCCAUGGGAAGUGGGCCAAUUACACAACUUGCUUUACAUGGGAUGUCCAAAGGGGUGAUCUAGCCAUAAUAUAAGGACGACCCACCCAGAAACGGAGUGAGUCAGCCUAGCAUGAAUGCAUACCGGGGUGACAGGCAGCCUCCCUGGCCGGCCCACUCAGGGCAGAUCACACACACAGCACUUUUGAAGUGCUCUGGACGUAGGCUCAAUGCCAUAAGUUUAAUUAGCGUACUGCUAAGAAUGUCUAAUGAUACUCUCAUGGCAUACUGCAAGCGUGUCUAUUAAUACUCUCGUGGUGUACUGCAAGCGUGUCUAUUAAUACUCUUGUGGUGUACUGCAAGCAUAUCUACUAAUACUCUUGUGGUGUACUACAAGUGUGUCUAUUAAUACUCUCGUGGUGUAACGCAAGUGUGUUUAUUAAUACUCUCGUGGUGUACUGCAAGCCUAUCUACUAAUACUCUCGUGGUGUACUGCAAGUAUAUCUAUUAAUACUCUUGUGGUGUACUGCAAGCUUGUCUAUUAAUACUCUUGUGGUGUACUGCAAGCGUGUUUAUUAAUACUCUUGUGAUGUACUGUAAGUAUGUCUAUUAAUACUCUUGUGGUGUACUGCAAGCUUGUCUAUUAAUACUCUUGUGGUGUACUGCAAUCGUGUCUAUUAAUACUCUUGUGGUGUACUACAAGCGUGUUUAUUAAUACUCUAGUGGUGUACUGCAAGUAUGUCUAUUAAUACUCUUGUGGUGUACUGCAAGCUUGUCUAUUAAUACUCUUGUGGUGUACUACAAGCAUGUUUAUUAAUACUCUAGUGGUGUACUGCAAGUAUGUCUAUUAAUACUCUUGUGGUGUACUGCAAGCUUGUCUAUUAAUACUCUUGUGGUGUACUGCAAGCGUGUUUUUUAAUACUCUCGUGGUGUACUACAGGCGUGUUUAUUAAUACUCUCGUGGUGCACUGCAAGCGUGUCUAUUAAUACUCCUGUGGUAUGCUGCAAGCGUGUCUAUUAAUACUCUCACAAUGUACUGCAAGCCUGUCUAUUAAUACUCUCGUGGUGUUCUGCAAACAUGUCUAUUAAUACUCUCACAGUGUGCUGCAAGCGUGUCUGUUGAUACUCUCAUGGCGGACUGCAAGUAUGUCUACUGAUACACUCAUGCUGAUAUUAAGGAACUAACUUGGUGGAACAGGAGCCUGAAUUCAGGAUAGUCCUGCCAAACCUGGAAUGGUAUGGAGCUAUGUAUGCAUAGGCAACUCACCGCCAUUGCUUAGUGAAUGGACAUUUAGGACGCUAUUGAUUAUCUAUGUGAUUAAUCUAUCUCGAAUUAUUCUUAGUGUGAGUGCAGGGUUUUAAUGCAGUGCAGUGAAGUUAUUAUACAGCAUUGCAUGGAGUUAAAAUUGCAGGUGUCGCGUUUUAAAAAACCAAAGCCCCUAAUUGUUUUGCUACACAGCAAUUCCCCUGUUUACAUUGAAUUCCCGACAAUUUUCACUUUAGUUAAUAACCCUGAAAAUGUAUUUUUAUAACAGCUUCAGACAAGUGUUUAAUCUAGUUGCUAUGAACUAGGGUCCAAGCUCAUGGAACAUCUUACCACGCUUAAAUGCUUGUCAGCCAAUUACCUACAUGAGCAUAAAUGCUAGUUAGUAUUUAUUUUUAACUUUACAGAAACACUCUACGCCUUCGUUCAAAAUCUCAGCUCUCACAAAUAUUUCCCGAUGCUCUUUCUGGAAAUAUAAAUGGAGGAUCUCUUUUGACAGUGAAUGGUUUGGGUGGCACAGAAGAACUUGUAGAACCACCUGUAUCUAAAAAGGUAUGAUGUUUAAACAAUUAACAAUUAUAGAAUACAUAGUGGUUUAUCAAAGAAAAAAAAUAAAACUAAAACAAAACAGGUAGGUUUCCUUAAAAAUACUAUGGGAGCUAAUUAAAUAAAGAAUCACUUAAUUAGCUCCCAUAGUAUUUUUAAGGAAAUCUACCUGUCCAAUUAUGUCUACUCUAAAAUAUACUCAAGUAGAGAUUGUAGCCAUAUUAGUCCAGUGAUGGAGAUGUAAAAAGCAGAUAAGAUUUGUAGCUUGUAAUACCUUUUUGAUUUUAGAAUUUUCUGUUUUUUUACAUCUAAACUAUACUCAGAAUUCUAAUUUUCUAAUUUCAACUCUAAAAUUGUAUGAUUCAAAUGCUCGAUAUGCAAUAUUGUGUAUUGUGUUCUACCUAAAUGUGCAAUCAAUUCUAGAUUUUCUGAAUUCAAUCAUAGUCAUGCGUCAGAGUGAUUAUUUAAGGUGACUGAUCAUGUAAGCUAACUGUGAAUUUACAAAGCAAAUGUUCGUGAACAAUAUAUAUUAUACAGUUAGCUAUAUUCAGCUGGUUUUUAUUCCUGUGCACAUCAUUAAUAAAUUAUUGCUAAUGUCUCUUGGUUAUUUUGUGAUUGUAGUGUAGUGAGUUGAGAAUCACCUUGAUAAGUGAAAUAGCAGAGCCGAAAUAGGAAAUCAGCUAAAUUAGACCUGUAGAACCCGAGUUGCAUGUCAGUUGUCAAUUCACCACAUCCUGUGAGCUUGUGAUCUUACAUCAUUUUUUCUUGUUAUACAUUUCCCAAGAUUUUCUCGGAUUCCAAAAACUGUUACUCUUGAUUGCUGAUGUUCAAUCAAAGGGCCAUGUUUCUAAUUAGAGACAGGGAUGUCCUUUUGUUGUUAAAAAAAAUGCUGAUUUUUAUUUAUUUGAUUUUCAAUUUGAUGUGUUCCUUUACUGCAUUAGACUUUUAAAAAAAUCUUGAAGUUACCUGUAAACCAGUGAAAGUAGAGUCUCAUCACUGCAGCCUGAUCUGUCUCAUUAAGCAGGAUGAUCGCUGCUUAAUCAGAUGUUUCUUGUAGAGAUGUUUUGAAGACACAUGUGAGUCACUAAUAGCUAUCUGCCAAUUCAGUGCUUCUCAGUGUUGCAAACCUGAGGGACACCUGCUGCCAUUUAAUGAGAGAAGAUGAAAUAGAUGACUGUAACACCCACUAAACUCAGGCACGACAUCUAUGUCCCAGUGAUGCCUUUAUUCCUCUAGAAUGUAAACUCAUUUGAGCACACUCUCUGUUCCUGUGCGUCCAACUGGUCUUCUUGCAAGUACUUAUCUGUUAGUCCACCUAUUGUGCAGCGCUGCGGAAUAUGUUGGCGCAUUAUAAGUAAUAAUAAUAAAAAGAUAUAUGCCUGCCCCUUAACCCUUGCACUGCCCUAACACACUAUACUACACAUUAACCAUUAACUCUAAAUUACACUGUCACUAACACUAGCAAUCAAACUCUACACUACCUUAAUAGUUACGCUAACCCUUACCCCCCUUGCCCUCCCCCCAAAAAAAAUAUAUAUACAUAAUAGCAAAGCAUGUAUUAAGGAAAAACAGUGUCAUCUUGGGUUUUGGAGACAUUUGUAAAUGUGAUUAUAUUGUAUCCAAAACCGCUCAAUGGAUUUAUUUUCAUGAUUCACCUUUAUGUGUCUUCUAUAUUUUUGGGAAUAUUAUUUUCCUUUUUAAGUUGUAAAAUAUAGAUAUCUUUUGCUGUGGUUUUCAGAAUAAGAAGAAACACAAGAAAAAACCAAAGACGGCAGUUGUGACCAGAGUUUUGAAAUACAAUAAACCGGAAUGGCCAUAUCUCUUGGUUGGAUCUAUAGGAGCUGCCAUUAAUGGGACAGUAACCCCACUUUAUGCUGUACUGUUCAGCCAGAUACUUGGGGUAAGAUACAAACUUAGUAAUCAGAUUGGCACUCAUUAUAUUAACAUUGUAGAAGAAAAUUGUCUGGUAGUUUUACAUUUCUAAUUCACAUUAUUUUUUUUAAGUCUGACUUAUUUUUAUAUAAGAUGCUGAUGAUGAAAAAUGUUAUUGAAUCCAUGGGGAAGGGCAUUGUACAUUCUAAUUCUAUUAUAUGGAAUAAUAUAUGAGAGUCAUCUUUACAAAUAAAAUAGAAAGGGAGGUUUGUGGGAAUUGUUAUAAUUAUGCGAUCUAUUAAGCCACAGACAGAAAUCCAUGUCUAUACUGAUUCUAGAUUGCGGUGAAUUGAUCUUUUCUUUUUUAAACCAGGGUUUAUGAAUAAUUGCUAUGGGUUUUGCAAGUUUUUAAUGGUAGAGAAUUAAGCAGGGACAUGAUCUAUACACUAAAAUUGCUUACUUAAACUAAAGUCUUGAUGCCUAUAAUAUCCCUUUAAAGGGACACUGUAGUCACUAUAAUCAUUUCAUCUCUUUGAAUUGGUUAUAGUGCCUGGAGUACCCUGGCACUGUCCCUCCAUUCAGUGUUGCACCAUGUUCAUGCAGUAUGCCACAAAAUAAGUGUUCCUGGCCACCCACAGUCAGGCCCCUUCAGUAUGUGUAGCUAAGGUAGAGAUUACACACUUCCUUGUUCUCAUACCCAUUCAUACCGUCAGUUGGAACUCUGACAGGCUAAAAGCAGUCAGCUGACACUCUCAGACAAUCACAGCUGCCUAUUGCUGCUCAGGCUAAUACUUCCUUAUUAGCCAAAGCAGCACAGAGAGGAUGGAUUGCCGGGGACACUUGUUUAGCAUUAAAGCAUUAAAACUUUAAAACUGUUUAAUGCUGAAAGAAAUGAUGGCACCAGGGGACUCCAGACACUAUAACCAGUUUAAUGAGAUGAAGCAGAUACAGUGCCUACGGUGUCCCUUUGCAUGAAUAAACAGAAACAGAACGGUAGGAAUCGCUGGCUUCACAACAUCAUAGUGUUGAUAACCUGAAGACUUCAAUAGUAUUAAACACAAUCUUUAGAAAUAUUAUAAAUUCUUUCUGUUUGGCUAAAAAUGCAUUUAUAAUAGCACGGACCACUUGAUUGAAGAGUUUUAGAAUGUAUAAAAAAAAAUUUUCAAGUCUCUCUUCUUCUGUUUUAGACAUUUGCAUUACCGGAUGUGAAUGAGCAAAGGAGACAAAUAAAUGGAAUAUGCCUUCUCUUUCUUGGCCUCGCCGGAGUAUCAUUUGUUACCCAGUUCUUGCAGGUAAUAUAGAGUUCUUGCAUGUGAUCUAGAGAAAGUGAGAAUCGGGUGGCUACUGAUGUGCCUGUUGGGGAUGGUUACAAAAUAAAUGUGACUCCUAGUUUAAAAAAAACUUAAAUUGGAUCUUAAAGAUGGAAAAUGUAGAUUUCAUAAUUAGUUUUUCAAAUUUUCCUGAUGGCUAUGAGAUGCUUCACAGGGUCUCACCGAUAAAAUACAUCUAUUUUCAUGAAUUACAACAUUAUAUGACAAUGGUAUAUAAAUAUAUACUCCCUAAAUGUUGCUCUAAUUUAAAGUUCUAUCCAAUUAAAUUUGUCUUUCAAAAUAUAUCGUAGUUUGAAUGAUUAUUUUAAAUAGCUGUUUUGGAGACAUUUUAGUUAUGAUUUAGUAACUUCCUUUUACGUUUAAACUCCUCUUUGCAAAUGCUCUACAAUUAUUAACCUCUGUACCCUGAAACCCCUCCCUUAUUUUUAUUCUUCUAACUGAUGUUUUUAUGACAAAUCAGCUUUCACCAGGAAGUCGAAAGAAAGUAAUGGAGAUGAAUAAAAUAAGGCAAAUUACUGCUUGAUAAAAGCCACUGAUAGGGUAAAGUGGGUGACGGAAUACAAUUUACAGAAAAGUCAAGGAGACUUAGUUUAAUUAGGCACCCAAACAACUUUUGUUUAAAAAAGCAAUUUUGGUGUAUAGAUCAUGCCCCUACAGUCUGACUGGUCAAUUCCCUGCCAAUUAGGAGUUAAAUCACUUUGUUUAUGGAGCCAUAGCCACACCUCCCUGCAUGUCAGUUGUACCUUCCUAAACAUUUCCUGUAAAGAGAGAUCUAAUGUUUAAAGUUUCAGUCUGUUCAAUUUAGAAUUUCUUAACUCCUACUCUAAUAAUUGCUUUCUAAACCCUACAGAAAUCCACUAGCGUUUGCGGAAUAUGUUAAAAUGUUAGAUGUGUUAAAAUUCAAUUAACAGAGUAGGAGAUAAACACUUCUAAACCAAGUCAACAUGUGAUUGAAAUUUAAACCAUUUUUUUCAUGCAGGUUGUGUGAGUCACAGCCAAGGGAGGUGUGGCUAUGGCUCCAUGGGAAUAAACAAAAGUGAUUAACUCCAUAAUGGCAGAGAAUAAAGCAGUGAUACUGCAGGAACAUAAUUUAUACCCAAAACUGCUUUAUUAAGCUAAAUAUGUUUUGAUGCUUAUAGUUUUACUUUAAUACAUAAAUUAAAUACAUCAUUUUGAACAGAACAUAUUAUUUCUACAAGAUGUUUUAGAAAAUACUCCCUGGCUACGUAGCUUUCUAUAAAAUCAAAAAAAAAAUUUAGUUACAUAUACAGUUCAGACAUCCGGGGUGCACAGUCAUCUUAAAGAAAGAAUUAAUAAUAUAUAUAUUUGUAUACGUUCCAAUUACAUGCAAAUGCCCUCACACUGUUUUAUUAACAGAAAAUGGUAUAUUCAUUAUCAUCUUAUCUUUGAUACUGCUCUCUUUUUUUCUCACUCUCGGGCUCUAACAAAAAUGUGUAUCUUAUGCUAAUAUUUAGAAUGCAGGUGAUAACGUUUAUGCUGAUAUAUCAAAGUAUCAUAAUAUAAUGCAAGGAUGUGAAUUAGAAAUCCUUUCUUUGACAGCUCUUCCCCAUAAAUUGCCGCUCAUCAUUCUUGAGCAUUUUGGUUUAAAGAACAGUAGUUUAUAAAAAAGUAACAUCAAAAAGCUUCAAAUAAUCACUGUCACUUCUUCUUUCUAUUGUAAUGACAGUUUAAUGAGAAAAAUUACUCUUUGAACAAUGAAACUAUCUUUCAAAGAGGCAAUGUGCUUUAAUGUCAUGUUAAAGUAUAUAGAUAACGAUGUGAUGUUGUGUUUGCUCCUCCUAAAUACACAUCUAACCACAUGCACAAGCAGCAAACAGCAGUAAAUCCAGAAUAUUUUAAAGGGGCAGUAAAUCCCAUAAACUGUAUGUUCCUCACUGUGGUGGCAAUCAUUGGAGGCCUGAAAUAUAGCUGAUCUAUUCUUUAAAAUUGGGCAAGCUAAUAGAAAGAAAUAAUAGAAAUUAGAAAAUAUUUCCAUGAUGUAAGUGAGGUUGCAGGGUUAAUCGCUAGUGGAUUUCACAGUUAAGGCUGAAGAAUUUGAAAUGGAAGCAUAGCUGAGAAUGUUUCCAAUUUGGCUAUUUUUGUUUUGAUUUUGAAAUUCACUUUGAAUUGUCACUUGAGAGAAUAACCCUGUAAGGUUAUUUAAGAAGCGUGCACCACUUUGGAAUGUAAUCAGAAAGUUACAUUUCAGAUCACAUUGUUAUGUAACAAUAUAAUGUGACAGUCACUAUACCUGCAUAGUUUAGAUGUACAGAGGAAUUAUAGACCGUAAGAAUGGUCACUACUUUAGACAAGAUCCACCGUCAAACAGUGUCUUAAAUAGACCAAGUAUUGCACAAGUUGUUAGUACAGGAAGAAAGGGCUUAUGCCUGAAAAUGCUUUCCGGUAGAGUAUGUAACAAAAAAUUUCAAGAGUUCUUCAAAGCUCCACUUCUAUAAAAAGAAUGUUACAUACUCUACAAGAAAACAUGGAGGUGCUACCCCUUUCUUCCUGUACUACCAUCUUCUAUUUAAUUGGAAUAAGGAGAGACUUCAGAUUGGGUGUUCGAGCAGCCUACUCUCAUCCAACCAAUACAACUUAAGUGCUGAACCACCGUAGACUAUUCCACAAGCUGCUAGGCCUAAUCAGUUCUUGUCUGAUUUAAUCUUGCAUGCUCUGAUCAACAUGAGUUAUAUUUUUUUUCAGGGUUUUGCAUUUGCAAAAUCUGGAGAGCUACUUACUCGACGUUUAAGAAGAGUGGGAUUUCAGUCAAUGCUGGGCCAAGAAAUUGGAUGGUUUGAUGACAACAAUAACAGCCCUGGAGCUUUGACCACUAGACUUGCUACUGAUGCAUCACAAGUUCAAGGGGUACGGUAGAGUAUCAGCACAACGUAAUGCUUACAUCCAAAUAGAUGUUUUAAAUGCCCAAUCCACUUGCCCACAAUUGCCCUUCUAGUGGAUGAAUAAGGCAUGCCCAGUACCGUAGUCCUUUCCCUUUGACCAUUACCCUAAGUAAAAUACCUGAUUAUUGGAUCAGUUUUCUUCACCAUCCUAAGAAAGGAAAUAAGUUAGCACUACUGGUUAAAUGAAUCUUAACCCAGAAUAAAGGGGUUAGGGGUAUUAGGGGAAGUAUAUACCAUUAAUUUUAAAAGUCCUGAUGUAUGUAGCUUGAAAAAGCCUUUUCAUUGUCACAUGAGACUACAGUAUUGUCAACAAAAGUAUAGUAGUAACAUGUGUGUUUAAUUAAUCUGUAUAAAUCCUAUAUAGUAUUUAAAGGAUCACUAUAGUGUCAGGAAAACAAAGCGGUUUUCCUGGCACUAUAGUGCUCUGAGGGUGCCCCCACCCUCAGGGUCACCCUCCCGUGGCGCUGAAGGGGUUAAAACUCCUUCAGCAGCUUAUCUUAUUCCAGCGCCAGGCUACCUCGGCGCUGGUGACCUCUCCUCCCCCUCCGACGUCAGCGGAGCCGUCCGAUGUCACAGGAUCCGAAUGCGCAUGCGAGGCAAGUGCCGCGUGCGCAUUCAAGCUGUCAAUAGCAAAGCAUUUCUCAAUGCAUUCCUAUGGACGCACUGCGCGAUGGAGGCAUAAUAUGCCUCCAGCGUCGCAGAUGCGCCUCUAGUGGCUGUCAGGAAGAUAGCCACUAGAGGCUGGCUUAACCCCAAAUGUAAACAUAGCAGUUUCUCUGAAACUGCUAUGUUUGCAUCUGAAGGGUUAAAACCUGAGGGACAUUGCACCCAGGCCACUUCAUUAAGCUGAAGUGGUCUGGGUGACUAUAGUGUCCCUUUAAUAUCAAACAGGACUAUUAAUGGGUUUUGAGUGUUUUUCAAGCAAAAUGUAUUAGUAAUAAUUGCAUGAAAUUGACAUUUACAGAAACAAAUUAUCAGGAGACUUGCUAGUGGAGGACUUACAGGAUCUGUUUGCCCAAUUUGGAUACAUAACAGGCACAAGUCUAAUUUUUACACUUCUUCAUUGUUAGCCCCAAGUCCCAUGUAAUACAGAGAAAGACAUAACAGCUCUAAUUAUGUUAUUUGUCAUAGUGCAACAUUAUGGCACCAUAUUUGGAGUUAACUGUAUAGCACAGUGGAAGAGGGUGUGGGUGUACGGUUUUAAUGCUGUGGGGGGAAGGGUUAAUACAGCAUAGUUUAGGGUUAUUAUAACAGGUGUGGAUUUUAUAAAAUGCUAUAUCAAAAUAGAAUGUAGCUUUUGAUUUAGCAUUACCUGUAUAGGACUACCAAUACAAGAUAAACUUAAGAUUACAUGCACUGUGUUAAAAAACUGGUUGCUGAUGAUGGGUUUAAUUUACUAUUUCACAUUUGCAGUAUUCUGUGACUAAAAUAACAUUUAAACAAGUCUAAUUGUUAUUAUGUACACUUUAGGCCACAGGUGCUCAGAUUGGAAUGAUUGUGAAUUCGGUGACGAACAUCCUCGCUGCUAUUAUAAUUGCAUUUUACUUUAGUUGGAAGCUGAGUUUGGUUGUUCUAUGUUUCCUGCCACUAAUUGGAUUGUCCGGAGUUCUUCAAGCUAAAUUGCUUACAGGGUUUGCAAAUCAGGACAAAGAAGCUUUGGAAGAAGCUGGGAAGGUAAUUAACUGUGUUCAGAGAAGUAGCAGAAGUAGCAGAAAUGAUAGCUAAAGUACCAUAAUUUGGAAAAAUACUGAAUGACAUUAAUAUAGUCAAGGUCAUCACAGCAGUGGAUAUGGACAUGUGCAUCGCAUCUACAUGCCCCAAUCCUUACUGUCACAAUGUCAACAUGGGAAUGUACAUAUAGUAUGGUUAAAUAAUUCAUACUGCCGUAGAAUCAGGCAAAUGAGCACUCACUGCCAUUAUCAAACACAUAUUAUUUACCUUUCAAGGUCAUAGAGGUAAUAACAAAAACUCCUAUUGAAACUAUAUGAAAUCUUUACAUUUGCUACAUUAAAUACAUUGAUUUUUUUUAUACUGUUUAAAGUGAUACCAUGUGUGAUUAGCAUUUUAAUUACAUCGUCCAUAUUCUCCAGAAGAUGACAUUUGCUGUUUUAUAGAACUUGUGUGUCCAUGGAAUUUUAAUGAAAGGCUCAGUUCCCUAAAGGGUGAAAUUUUGCCGCCAUGCUAUGCAGCUAAACUAUGACCAGUUUAGUAAGAAUUAAUACACGUACGAUAGUUCAGAGGGUUAGCUAGAUUUCAUGAUAAUUUUUGGUAUAACUUUUGAAAGCUGAUUCUCAAUUUGAACCAUAUUUACUAUGUGCAAAAAUAAGCAAAGACUGUUGAAGUUCCACCGAGUAGAACUUUAAUAGGCGCUUGUGUUUCCUGUUGUACUUUGUAUAAAUCUCUUCACUGGUAAUCGUCCACUGCAGUUUGUUAUUAGACCAAAUUGAGGUUGCACACGCUCAGUGACAGGAUAUUUUGCACUGCGUUGUACUAAAGUAUGUAGAGGCGAAUUCCCAGCAAUCCAAAGGAACACAGAAAAGCUUGGCACAUGUAGUAAUAUCCAAAUAUCCAAAAGGCAGAGUUUAUUUCAGGAAGAGAUGCAGUAACAUUUUGGCUCACAUCCUGAGCAUUUUUCAAACCUUGAUAGAGACUCAGGAUGGAGACCAAAACGUUUACUUGAUAAAGACUCAGGAAGGAAGCUGAAACGUUACCUUGAUAAAGAUUCAGGAUGGAGGCCGAAACGUUACUUUGAUAAAGGUUCAGGAUGGAGGCUGAAACGUUACCUUGAUAAAGGUUCAGGAUGGAGGCUGAAACAUUACUUUGAUAAGGCUCAGGAUGUGAGCUGAAACAUUGCCGUGAUAAAGGCUCGGGAUGUUAGCUGAAAUGUUACUGUACCACUUCCUAAAAUAAACUCUGCUUUUUUUGGAUAUUACUACGUGUGCCCAAGUUUUCUGUGUUUUGCUGCAUGUUGUUAUGGCAGAUUGGAUUUACCAGUGUAGUCCCUGACUAACACAACUUUUUAUUAAUCUACCUUCAUGAAGAAAAUGUUUUCUUACCAUAAUAUACAUAUGUCCCACACCAGGAAAUAUUGCCCACAAAGAAAGGCAGGCAAUUUCUUAAUGUUCUCCUCUCUCAAUAUAUAUACUAGAAUGCACAUAAACUAUAACAUGAAAAGCAGUAAAUCUUUCCCUAAUGAUGCUUUCACUUUAAAUCAAACUGUGCAGUUUUGUGAUGACUUGCAUAAUUUACUAGAUAUAUGUUGUAGAUGGACUAUAUCCCUUUAACAGAAAGUUGACCUCCUGUACUUACCAAUUAUUGAAAUAGCCCAGCAAUCUGGAUAAUCAUUGUCACAAAGCUCUUUACAGAUACGAAUUAGCCAACUGUCAGGGAAAGCCAAUCAUUAUUUAUAUAUACUGUAUUGGAGGUUACAAAAGAAGUCUGAUCAAUUCUAAUUAAUCUUUUUCCAAUUAGACUUAAAGCAUAGCUGUCAUGAAAAACAUGGUUGCACUUAAAAAAACAAAAAGAUAAAACGUGCUAAUCAAAAAUAAAUCCUGUUUAUAGACAAUAUUUUUUUUUAGACAGUAGUUUCCAUUGUAUUUAUUGUAUAAUGUAUAGAACAAUAAAUUAACAAAGUAUAUGAUAAAAUCUAAUGAAACACACAUUCUUUUCUGGGAUUGAGCCACAUACACCGUGAGCAGACGUGAGCAAAAACACUUUUCCAGACAGAUAUUUUUAGGGACAAGUAUACAUUAACCGGGUUAUUUAGUAAAAUGAGAAUUCAGAGUGAAUUUAAAGUAAAAUUCAAAGUGACUCAGUCACUCCCCACCCUGUAAAUGAGAUGUCAAAACGAUAAAAUCUUUUAAAAUCACACAAAAAAAAAUACAAUUUAAAAUUUUACAAGUUCUGGGUAUGCCCCCAAUUCCAUUUUUUUUUUUGUAAAGAUUAAAUCUUUAUAAAAACAGUUUUGGAAUUUUACUGAAAUUCCGACCCAGUCAAAGGAUAUACUCAGACAAAGUAGUAUUUUUCCUCCUUUUGACACUUCUUGACAGUGGGUGGAACUACUGUCAUCAAGAAAUGUCAAUCCCACAGACGUUAUUAGUGACAGCUGCAGGGAAUUGGCUCUGUUAAUGAAGGGUCCCAGUCUCGCUGGAUCCUCCAUAGACCUCGAUGCUGUACUGUCACGUAUGCACAAGAGUACAGCCGUGACGUCUGCUCCUAGCAAGAGGACCAGCAGAAGAUGAUGGCGGCACCCCCGAGGAACAGGUUCAGGUAAGUUAAACUCACCUUUCCCUGCCCCAUGGCUACCGGUUCCCCAGCAGCGAUGUCACUAUCGGGGGUCUUUGACGAUGACAGUUUUGCUUUAAGGUCAAAAUACCUGCAAUGGAAAAAUUCUCUAAGACGGCUAUGUUUUUAGUUCGCUACUCUGGCCGUAAAUCUGAAAUUCACUUGGAAUUCUCCCUUCCUCUUUAUCUAACCAAUUUAAAUACGGUAUUUGCCUAGCAUAAUGUCAAUAUUAAAUCGCAUUAUAGUGAAGAGGUUAUUUUGUCCUAUUUCUCCAUAUUUUUGGUUGACAGAUACCUUUUCUACCAUUAACUAAAUGUUUCCUUUUUCAGGUGUCAAGUGAAGCAAUAAGUAACAUUCGAACUGUCGCUGGACUAGGAAAAGAAAAAAUGUUUGUGGAAAUAUAUGAAAAGCAGCUAGUUUUGCCGUACCGAGCAGCCGUUAAAAAGUCCCAUGUGUACGGAGCUUGCUUUGGGUUUGCCCAGUGCGUCAUUUAUCUGGCUUAUGCUGCAUCGUUCCGAUUUGGAGGAUAUUUAGUCACUUUUGAUGGUAUCAGCUAUAUCGUAGUUUUCAGGUAUAAUACCUUAAUUCAAAAUUCAACUAUAACAAUAUAGACUUAUAAAGGCGCAGUUCUUUCCAAACCUUUUUGCUUGACUUAUGUGGAAUCUGAACUACUGUGUUUUGUUAAAGGAAAGGAGGAUUUGGCUGCUGAUAUCAUUGGCCACUAACCAUUACUUUUCUUUCUCUUUGGGAAGAGAAAGGCUGUAUUGUGCAGCAAGAUCUAAUGUACAUUAACAGUGUUCCAUAGUAUACCACUUGGGGGCGCUAAAUCCAACUAGAAUUAAAUGAAUAGUUUUCAGUUGGUGAUUUAGAAGAAGACAGCAGGUAUUAUAGAGGGACCACGUACGUUCCAGCUCCAAAUUAAUAUUUUAAGACUAUUUCAGUCAAAUCAUUUUUGCAGUAAUUAUUGGCAAAUCAGUUCCGUUUCUCCUUUUUUUUUUCUUUUUUUUUGUAUUUAUUUUUAUAAUACUAAUUUGGUUGACAUAAAUAAAAGUUUCAAUAAAAUUAUAUAUUUUUUGCUAAGAAAUGUGUAAAGCACAAUAUGCAGAUGGAAUGGUUUUUUUUCUUUCUCUGCAGAGUGAUAUAAAGUAUAUUUUUUUUACAUGAUAGUAGAACCAUAGCAGGCACAUAGAAAAUAUAGUUCCAGGUUCAACUUUUAUCUUGUCCAAGUUUAUUAAAUAAAUGAAUAAAUAAAUAAAAGUCAAACACAGAGCUUCAUUUGAAAACAAUGUUGUAAAUGUUUUUUUGAAAAGUAUAUAAAUCAUACUCAGUUUGAAAAGUUACCAUUAUCUGAUAAACAUUUUUAUAAAAAAUGGCCCACGCUGUCUUUGUGUGGCCUUUGCCUGCCUUCUCAUCCACAAUACCAUGUAUAACUGUAGUUUAAUAGAUCUCAAAAUGUUUUAAAGAAAUACUCCAAACACCAACCCGUACAGUGCACCCACAGAUGUUCCCUGGUGCACCCUCACUGUAAUUAAGCAAAACUGUUUGCAAUGAUUUGACUUCUUAUCUGGGGUCCGCCGGGUUCUGUGCACUCCUAGCACCAUAACUACUACAGUGCGCUCUAUUGGUAUGUAGCUUGGAGAGUUUCUUUAAUUGUAAUGAGAAAGUGCCUCUAGUGACUCUCUGUCUUACAGAGGAAUGUUUUAGGCAAAUUGUAAACACUGCAAUUUCCCAAAAACAGCAAUAUUUUUUAUUCCUGGACAAAAUGAGGCUCAUGUAUGCACCAAACCCACUACAUUAAACAUGAGGGUUUUUGGUUCUAGAAUGUCCCUGUGAUUAGUCUGUUUGAAAAGGCCUGAAAAAAAUGUUUAUAUAACUUCUACUGGUAAUUAAUUAUAAAAAUCUGUUCUUAGUUUACACGGGUUGUGCUGUGAACUCAUUAAACGUCUUCGUCUUUCACAAUCUUUAGAGUGAUAUCUGCUAUAGUGAUGAGUGGAACGGCCUUAGGAAGGGCAUCUUCUUUUACUCCUGAUUACGCCAAAGCAAAAAUCGCAGCCGCUCAGUUCUUUAAGUUAUUGGAUCGCGUCCCAAAGACAAGUGUUUACAGUACAAAUGGAGAGAAAUGGGUGAGAUAUUUCUUCUGCAUUUGAAAUAAUAUUUCUAUAAGGUGGAUAGAUAAAAACUGAUGGGGAGAGCAAAUUAUGUUUACUAUGGAUAAUAUCUGAGAAACAGGACUUAAUAAUUUUAGUAUGAAUAAUAAGUCCGGAUUGCUAGAUCUAUUUCAUUUAUAUGUUUCUACAGAGUUCUGGAUUCUGUUUGCAGAUCCUUGUUUUAUCCACAGACUAUGAAACAGCUUUCAGAUUGUAAUGGGUAAUAGUAACUGCCCACCUGGGACUCAACUGAUCCAUAAAUAUGCACAUUUAAGCUUAGUAUCCCCUAUCGAGUCAUAGCUGUGAAAUGUAAUUGGUCACAGUGGUAUGUUUUUUCUUGCACAUGGAUUGAAACGUUUUACAUUGAUAACACAGCUCAGCAAAUUCCAAGGGCUCCGGUGACUUCUGUAAAGUAAAUGUGGAAAUAAAGAAGUUGCUAUCAAAAUAUGAAAUCCCCUCAGGACGUUCUCUCAUUGAAAAUGAGGAUGCUUGGAUUGUGCCAUCUGUCACUUAGAACCGAGCACUUCUUCUUACAAAAUGUCCCUGAAAUAUUACAGGAUGAUGGUGACUGUGACAUAGAAAAUUCAAUGGAUUUUGCAGCCAGAGACAUUAUGUCCCUGCUGCAAUUUUAAAAUGAAUACCAGCUUUGUUUUCUGUUAAAGAAACCUUCAAAAGCACCAUAACCACUACUGCCCAAUGUAGAGGUUAUGGCUCCAGCAGGUCCCCAAGCCAUGGUUAGUAGUCAAACAUUAUUUUUAAGUGGUUUGAAUUCUUACCAGUCCACUGGGUGCCACUUUCCUCUUCCUUUACGAUCACCCAUAAGUACAGUUAAAGUGGCUAGUAAAAACCACUUGAAAACAUAAAAAAUCAUUUUUAAAAUAACACUUUAGCUUAGCAUAUUAUAAUAAGAUUACUUGAUUAAUCAUAUUAUAUGAGUUUACUGGUAACUCAAAACUCAGACCCAGCUCUCCUUCCAACAUAGAACAAGGAACGGCAGAGAAAUUUACCUGGAACACGCGCUACAUAUAUAUUAAUAAGCUGCAGAUUUAUAAAACAAGAAAUGUAGGACUGUUAUCACUUCCUAUUGAAUACCAGCUUUUUGGUCAUUGUUGAUCUUUUCUGUUCUUUGCACUCUAUAUUGGUAAUCUGCAGUCUAUAUAGCAAUACACUGGAAUCUAUAUAACAUUUUUACUUAUGUAUAAUAGUACCUAAAUGAACCCAUAUAAAAAUAUCCAUUGAUAUUAUAUCUUUAUAUCUGUGGCAGAGAGAGUGUUACGCCUGGACAGCACCAGAGUCAAUGAGAUUAAUCUGCAGUGUGAUUAUUGCUAAUUGAAAUCUAUGGCAGUCAUGUAAUUCAGUGAGAUAGAAAAUAAAAAUGGUUCAUUUCCAUGCUCUGGUGAUUAUUUAUUGGUUACCAUAACUCUACAAAUUUAGAAUAGUCUUCAUUAAUCAGAAUAUCUUAAAAUUACGCAGGACAAUUUUAAAGGUGACAUUGAGUUCCUGAACUGUAAAUUCACAUAUCCAAGCCGUCCAGUUACGAUGGUUCUACGAGGGCUCAAUAUUUCCGUAAAAUCUGGACAGACUCUUGCUUUCGUCGGAAGCAGCGGUUGUGGAAAGAGCACCAGUGUCCAACUGCUUGAGCGGUUCUAUGACCCCGAUGAAGGGACAGUUGUAAGUAGAACAAUUUUUAUUUCAUUAACCCCUUCACUACGAGCAUUUUGCAGAAAAAAAGAACCACAGAAUCCGAGUAUUUUGGGUAACCUAGAAAGCAAUGUUUAAAUGGAAUUUUCAUUUUAGCAUGCCUAUAUAGUGCAUUAUUUAAUGAAAACAAAAUUUUUAAUUUUGCCUGGACAAAAAAAAGCUUUUAGAAAUAAUUGACCAAUUAAUGAGGUUACAGAUAUAAAAAACCUUAUUGUAAAUAAAUACUAUUUCUCAAUACGUAACUUACUUUUUUUUUGCUCACAGUUUAUAAUCUUCUCACCUAUACAUUGUCUAAUGUGCACUCUGUGACUAAUGACAGAGUGAGGGAGGGAGGGAGUGACUAGUGACAGAGUGAGGAGGAGGUGACUAGUGACAGAGGAAGAGAGGGGGUGACUAGUGACAGAGUGAGGGGGUGACUAGUGACAGAGGGAGAGAGGGGGUGACUAGUGACAGAGUGAGGGGGUGACUAGUGACAAAGGGAGAGAGGGGGUGACUAGUGACAGAGUGAGGGGGUGACUAGUGACAGAGUGAGGUGGUGACUAGUGACAGAGGGAGAGAGGGGGUGACUAGUGACAGAGUAAGGAAGGGAGGGGGUGACUAGUGACAGAGGGAAGGAGGGGUGACUAGUGACAGGGUGAGGGAAGGGGUGACUAGUGACAGACUGAGGGGGAGGUUACUGGUGACAGAGUGAGGGAGGGGGUGACUAGUGACAGAGUGAGGGAGUGACUCCCCAUCUUCCACUUGCUUCCCGUGGUCUUUCCCCAUCUUCCCCUUUUAUUUCCUACCUCUCUUUGCUCCCUCUGGUCUCUCCUAGGCUGCUGCUCCCUUCUCUCGCUAGCUGUGAGAGGUCUAUGUGUGAGGAGAGUACAGGAAGUGAUGUCACCCUAGCCCGGGCCUCUCCCCCAUCACACAGAGUGCCGCAUGGGAUAGGAAGAAGGAGACCUGGUAGAAUGAGAGCAGGUGAAGCUGCCAGGUCUCAUUUGAGGAUGAGGGGAGAGAUAAUGUGCAGAGUGGUAGGUUACUGGGGCCCUGUGCUCCAUCAGGGGCCCCACAAUCUAUCAAUGGACAAGAUCUCUUUUUUUUUAUUUUUUUUGCCGUUCCAGUUGGAGAGCUGCUGGGCCCCUGGCUGUCUCAGGCCCUUAUUCCAUGAUCGAUGUUCCCGAGUGGUCAGUCUGCCACUGGAUGUGACAGAGUGUCUGCAUGUGUGUGUUAAGGGGGAUGAUGAGACAAGGUGUCUGUAUGUGUGUGUUUGGUGGGGUAAUGUGUCAGGGUGUCUGUGUGCAUGCUAGGGAGAGGGCAAUGUGACAGGGUGUCUGUAUGUGUGUGUUUGGUGGGGUUAUGUGUCAGGGUGUCAGUGUGCAUGUUUGGGAGAGGGUAAUAAGACAGGGUAUCUAUAUGUGUGUGGGGGAUGAUGAGACAAGGUGUCUGUAUGUGUGUGUUUGGUGGGGUAAUGUGUCAGGGCGUCUGUGUGCAUGCUAGGGAGAGGGUAAUGUGACAGGGUGUCUGUAUGUGUGUGUUUGGUAGGGUUAUGUGUCAGGGUGUCAGUGUGCAUGUUUGGGAGAGGGUAAUAAGACAGGGUAUCUGUAUGUGUGUGGGGGAUGAUGUGACAGGGUGUCUGUGAGUGCAUGUGAGGGGUAAUGUGACAGGCUGUCUAUAUGUGUGUGAGUGGGGGUAUUCAUAUAUCAGACAGUCUGUCUACUUGUAUUUAGUAUAUAUUCCAAAAGUAUUAUUGUCUGACAAUCAUCACCUCAUGUAUGCCCAACUAUUUUGAUUAUAGGGUUUCCAUCAGCAUUAACACCUAUAUGUUCUACAGUUGUGAACUCAGUUAUCUGAUCUUACCACUCUAGACUUGUGGGUGAAAGGUAGCUAAUGUUUUUCCAGUUCUGCCAAAGAAUGGCAACCUUGCCAAACUAUCCAAACUACCCUAUAAUUGCUACCUUUUGUUAGCUCCAUCCAAUGCUCUGGCUGUCAGACAUAAUUAUUGUAUAUGAUGACUGAUGGUUUCAGAGGUUCAAAGUGCAAUUGGAUAAAUAUUUACAAAAACAUAACAUACAGGGAUAUAAUUUCUAAUUAGUGGGGUAAUAGCUGCUUGCUCCAGGAGACAUCUGACUGCUAUUUUUGGGUCAAGAAGGAAUUUUUUCCUAGUUUGUGGCAAAAUUAGAAGCGCUUCAGACUAGGUUUUUUGCCUUCUUUUGGAUCAACAGCAACAACAUAUGUGAGGAAGGCUGAACUUGAUGAACACAAGUCUCUUUUCAGCUAUGUAACUAUGUAACUAUGUAACUAAUGGUGAAACUACAAUAAUAACCGAACAUCUUUAAUUAUUUGCAGCUUGUUGAUGGCCGUGUAUCCACUGACGUUAACAUUGCAUUUCUAAGAAGCAAAAUUGGAAUUGUCUCUCAGGAGCCAGUGCUAUUUGAAGGUAGCAUUUCUGACAACAUAAAAUAUGGGGACAACUCUCGCACUAUCUCAAUGGAGGAAGUCAUUGAUGCUGCCAAGAAAGCUCACCUUCAUGAGUUUGUCAUGUCUCUGCCCGAUGUAAGUCUAGAAAAUAUUCUUCUUCUUUACAGACCCAGCUUUUCAUUACCAAGGUGUUAAUAACAUUUAAAAAUUAGAUACAUAAUUACAUAAGUAUAUUGUCUAAUUCAACACCUUUAUGGCACAGUUGACACAUGCAGACGUGAAAGCAGUCCAUUCGCUCUGGACUGAAAAUUGACAGGUAGACAUGUGCAAUUUGUUUCGGGCCGAAUAUGAAUUCGGACGAAUUUCGGGCAAUUCGGACAUUCGGGUACUUCAUGCCAGGAUUCAGCUGUAAGCAUUUGCAACACUUACAACAAUCAAGUAACAUACAUUCAUAUAAAAUGUAAGUUACUUGGCCAGUCAAUGUAAUGACAGGAAUGAAUAAGUAGAUAACUCCCUAAUUCCCACGGUAUUAGGGAGCUAUCUACUAAAAGGCUGAAAGACCUAAAUUGGUCUUUCAGCCAAAUUUACUAAUACUAAGUAAAGAUUACUUAGUAUUAGUAAAUUAUGCCCCUACUCGCUAUACCGCGAGUAGGGGCAUGUCUAUUAAACAGUGAGCAGCCUAUGGCUGACAGUGUUGGUAAUUCUCAGAAAUUUUUUGUUGAUUUUUUUCCUUUUUUUUUUUUUUGUUGGAGGUCAUCUCAUUUACCCAACCAACGAAACUCAACAGCUGCUAGUUCUCAAUAAUUGUUGAAGGAACACUCCAAACACUGUAACAACCUUCAUUAUAUAGGUCAUGGUGCAAGAAGGCCCUCGGUUCCUAACUCCUUACAUACAGUUACAUUUUUAAUUAUUUCAAUGCAAGAUUCUAUACUUCCUCAUUUAAUAAUACCAAUAAUUGCUCACUGUAUGCAUGCUGCAUUGAUAGAAAAGUCAUUACCUCCCUUGUUCCUCCCUUGUUAUCACAAAAUAGGCAAAACAUUUUUUAAAAAUUGCAAUGAGUUUCAGUUUAGUUAUUUGGCUUAAAAUGUACAGUUACAUAAAUUCUCCACUAUUACCCGUUUAGUUACUAGAACUUUUUUUUUUUUUAGCUAGAGUGAUAAUCAUAAUUAUUUUAACUUUCAGACAUUUGGUCUUACAACAUCAAUUAAUAAUAAACUACUGAACAUUUCAAUUUAAAUGUGACUCAUGGUUCAAUGUUUCAUAUAUUUUUCCUUAGAAAUAUGACACAAAUGUUGGAAUGCAAGGCUCCCAGCUCUCCCGAGGACAGAAACAACGAAUUGCUAUAGCUCGCGCAAUUGUCAGAGAUCCAAAGAUACUGCUUCUGGAUGAAGCAACGUCAGCUUUAGACACAGAAAGCGAAAAGGUUGUUAUACAAAAUUGCAUCUUUAUUUUUUAAAGAUGAAAUACCGAUUGACAAGAUCCAAAUUUCAGAUUGAAUAAUUAGCUAUAUGUAAAGAAGUGCUUGUUCAGGGAAUAUCUCUGUGAUACAGAUUGAGAAGAUUUAUCAACGUGUACUUUGAUAAAUCUCAUCCAUUAUGUUCAGCCCCAGAGUCACUUUCUUUACAAUCAUAUAAUUGACAUUAUUGCACUUUACCUACAAAUAAGGAUUUGAAUCACUAAAAACUGAAUAUUAGUUAAAUUAAAAACAAUCUGCAAAACAUAUGAUAAAGCUGUGACUAUAGCUGAGAGUGAAUUUUUUUUCAAAUCUAUUAUUUGCAACUAUAUUUUACGAUUCUGUUUCAUUGCAAUUCAAUGUUUAGUGUAUAUUAUUACUAUUGUAGUAUCUUAAUAUGAAUAGCCUUUAUAUGAAAUAUAAUGUGCUGGGAUAUGUUACCUGUGCAAUUACUGCUUUUAUUGGUUGCAGCAUGCAUUACUGCAGUAAAUGCAAUUUAGAAAAAGUAUGUAGGUUCAGGAAGGAAAACUUAAAGGAACACGCUGGUUACCAAUCAACUUUAAUGUAUUUAAUAAGUUUGACAUCAUUAAUAUGCAGGGUUUUGUUUUUUUUGCAUUUUCAAAUAUUUAUAGUUUUUGCACAAAAAAUGUUUUGCAGAAUGCUGUACUAAAGUUAAUUCUCCUUAGCCACAGCUCCUCACCCCAGAAAAACGUAUUUAUAAAAUGUAAGCUCACAGCUCAGUCCUAACACCAUUGACUGAGCUGUUCUUAAUUCACAUAGUGGCUGCAGACAGUCAGCAAACCCACAGGCAAACAGGCAGUGAUAUUCUUACUAUUUCACGCAGUGCUGUCAAUAGCUGAGCCGUGUACAUUAAUUUGGUAAGGAAGUGUUUUUCAGUAUGAGUGAGGGGCAGCUAAGGAGACAGGCUCAACAUUUUAGCAUGCAAAAAUACAGCAUAUUACUGUGGCCAAAACCAUGAGGCCAAAUGCAGUAAAACAGUAUUGGUGCUCUGAAUGUCCCUUUAAGACUUUUGUUUGGAAAAUCUAAGCUGUAUUUUAAUUAGUGUCUUGGUCAUAAAAAUUAACGGCAAUAGAGCUAGAAUUCAAAAGAUGGUGAGUGACAAAGCUUUCAUAGAUAAAGGUAAAUUUAAUGUCAGAAAUAAAAUAAAUAUAGGUAAUAACAGUCACAUCCUUAAUGCGCCUUUUUAAAGGAACGAACCUCAAAUUGAACUAUUUCUGUUGUGUUAAUAAUUAGUCUUUUGUUUCAAAUUUUGACACCAGCUAGUUUAUCAAUACCCCAGGUGGGUGAGUGUGUACUGAUCAUAUCUUCUCUCUCUCUUUUUUUUUUUAGACUGUUCAGGUGGCUUUGGAUGAGGCCAGACAAGGGCGCACCUGUAUUGCCAUAGCUCACCGUCUAUCCACCAUUCAGAACUGUGACAUAAUAGCGGUGAUGUCCCAAGGAGUCAUCAUUGAAAAGGGAUCUCAUAGUGAACUCAUGGGUUUGAAAGGAGCCUAUUAUAAACUAGUAACCACUGGAGCCCCAAUAAGUUAGAUGUGGUCCACUUAAUUUUAUUAUCAUUUUUCACCAAUAAAUAACUAUUAGUAAAUUACAAAUACACCAGUUUUACAUACUUGGAAUGAAUUAGACCACAGUAACUAUGGAACUUAUUCAAUUGUGUAUUUUGGGCAUUCCUAAACAAGGUCAGCCCCAUUUAUACCAAAUACUAGAAACUGGUUACAUUUGCAACAUGACAACAUGGGAGCCUAUACAUCUGUACUUGUAGACAAUGAUAAUAUAAAUAUAAAGUCAAGAUAUUCUGUGCAAGCAGAUAACAGCUAUACCUCUUUGAUUGUGUGACUGAACACCAACAGGGUUCUUAAUAAAUUGUCAGAAAUUUAAAUUGAAUUCAAAAUCUAUAUUACAUUUUAAAGAAACACUCUGAGCCUGCUGUAGUGGUUAUGGUGCUAGGACUUGUAUCUGCAAUAUCUUGCCUACAAUGUUACAUUUCAGUAUAGAUUUUAAACUACUAGCACAGUCGAUCUUAAAAAAAAAAAAAAAAAACUAUCCUGCAAAUUGCAUGUUUGUAUAUUGACAAUUAUUUAUUGCAUGUUUUAGUUUAAAAGUUUUUAUCUUAAUUUUUGUGUCUGUCAUAUCUAUUUUUGUUUUUAAUAGCCAGUGUUUAAUCACCAUUAAGAAACAGAAUUAUAAUGAUGUUAUAAACACAGUUCAGCACUUCUCUUGUUAAUGUGUAUUGUGUAUAGCAUAUCAGCUCAUACUCAUUUUCCUUUUUCAAAUGUGGGUUAAAGUAUUGGUAAUGUG